CGCAUAGAAAAAUGAAGCUCGCCCUCUCUGCUACGCUUAUCGGCUCCGCCGCGGCCUUCGGCGGCUUCGGCGGCAAGAAGGCGCCCGCGAAGGCGGCCGCCCCCGUGUCCCGCGGCACGGGCCCGUCGAUCCCGUCCAUCGCGCUGCCGUGGACGGAGACGAACCUCGACGGGUCGCUCGUCGGCGACGUCGGCUUCGACCCGCUCGGCUUCUCCAAGUACGCGCCCGGCGCGUGGUGGCAGGGCGACGAGGGCGACGGGUCCCUCAAGAUCUUCCGCGAGGCCGAGCUCAUGCACGGCCGCAUCGCCCAGCUCGCCUGCCUCGGCUGGAUCUUCCCGGAGCUCUACCACUUCCCGGGCAAAGACGACGCGUUCGCGAAGAUGAACCCCUACGAGGCCGUCGACGCCAUCCCCUCCGCGGGCUGGCUCCAGAUCCUCGCCUUCAUGUCGUCCCUCGAGAUCCUCCGCGUCAACCGCCUCAAGGACCCCGCCUACAUCCCCGGCGACCUCGGCCUCGGCCAGGGCGAGGGCCGCUGGAACCCCUUCGGCUUCGACUACACGGCCGAGGAGUACUACGACAAGCAGCUCCAGGAGAUCAAGCACUCGCGCCUCGCCAUGCUCGGCAUCGCGGGCCUCGCGGCCAAGUCCUCGGGCACGGACAUCGGCGUCCUCCAGCAGCUCGGCGAGUCCUUCUCCAGGCCCGAGUUCGUCUCCAAGGCCGGCUUCUACUUCCCCGAGGGCGUGUAA